GCUCGAGUUGGUCUUUAUGAAGGAGGAAAGCUGUUAAAGGAACUGACAUUCAACGCCGAAGGAUCGGACAACAAAAACUGGUUUAGUGCCUCUAAGCUGACUCACAGCCCCUAUUCUGACACCUCAAAGGAGUCAAAAAACUACAAUUUCUUUUCAAUCGAGGGAGAUAAGAACGACAACCGUUACUUCUUUAUCAGCCGAAGUUAUGGAGGAUGUGCCAAAGACGAAGGCUGGAUGGCUAUUGGCGGGCAUGCUUGUGCAUGGGAGAAACAAUAUGGCAAGAACCCUAUACUGUACAGUACCCAGGAAACAUCCACCAACUGGAACAAUAAAGGUAAGUAG